AUGAACUUCUGGCUAACACGGAACCAGUCGUAUAUUGUUCGCUGGGUCAAAGUCGAUGAAGGGAAUACACUAUCGUGGAGCGUACAACCUCACAAGAAGUCCAUCAAUUUUGGCAUUGUCAAACAUCCUGGUAGCGGUGCCACCACUUUUGCAUCCUCCACAGCCGAAGACCUGAAUAAUGGAACUGAAGAGUCUGGUGGUACCUCGGACGGAAAGUCUGCUCGCGUCUCGAAGAAAGAUAUAAACGCACAAGAGCUGCUAAAAAGCAAAGGAUUUAUACCCAUCAAAUGGAUUGGUAAAUGCGAGGCGGAUAAGGUGUCCAUCGGCACGUACGAGGUCAAUCAUGGUCAGAGCGGAAUGUACGGCCUCGUGUUCGAUAACACGUUCUCGAAACAGACAUCCAAGACGGCGACUUUCGUGGUAAUGACAUAUCCUACGGGAGCACCUCCGCAGACUUCAUCACAUCUGCCUAACCUUCAAGCACCGAAAGCUGGAGCCAGCCAAACGAGUCUCGGGCGGCACAGUAGCCCUAAACUUGACGGGGUUACCUCUGCUUCAUUAGACAGUCUUCACAGUCACAACGCCGUAGCAAACGCGAACUCCGUUUCUGCUCGUAGCGAGGUUGGCUCAGGCAAUUACCAUGUAGGUGUUCUCCACAAGAGGCGUCGCAAGAAGGGACAAGGCUAUGCUCGCAGAUUCUUCUCACUUGACUACUCGACAUGCACUCUGUCGUACUACUAUAACCCUAAAUCUUCUGCGCUUCGAGGCGCUAUUCCCCUAAGCUUAGCCGCCAUCGCUGCAGAUGAGCGACGAAGAGAGAUUAGCAUCGAUUCAGGCGCUGAAGUCUGGCAUUUGAGAGCCCCGAACGAUAAGGAAUUCCAAGACUGGGCACAUGCGCUCGAAAAGGCGAGUCGCGUUGCAAGGGGCUUGGAGACGCUGGAUCUCCCCAAGAAUGAUCACUUGAAGAUCAAUACACGCCAGCUUCAGCCUAUUCAUCAGUCCUCUCCUCAAGAAGACAGGGAAUGGGAGCAGGUCGAAUCCCUGGUUAGCCGCGUGGUUGGUACACGCGAUGCACUUCGACGCCUGACCCGUGAGGUCACAGCCCAAGCAAAACCGCCACCAGUAACCAGUCCUCAAUAUCUUUCACCUGGAGCCGCAACUAGUGCUAUCGACGAGAACGACACGUACUUCACACCCCCUCCCGAACAGAGGCGCUCCUUCUGGAGGAGAAAAUCAAACACCCCUGCGAUAUCCCCUGCCACACUGGGAGCGCCAACAGCUAUGGCAGUACCAGCACCAGGUGGUGUCACUACAACCAUCUCUGCCAAUAUGCCAAAUCACUCAAGGAGACAAUCUAAGGGGCUUGUUAGAGAGGAGAACUCGCUGCAGGAUCAUUGUCAAUCACUUCUGACGGACCUUGACUCGGUUGUCUCCGAGUUCACCACACUUAUCAACAAUAGUAAGCGCCGUCGCAUGCCAGUGCCCUUGUCCGCAGGUGGCGUGUCAAGGAAGAGUAUAGACACUGUCUCGACGGCAGACGAGUUCUUUGAUGCCGAAGAUGCCAACUCAGCCGUCCUUAAAAUCGAUGGCAGCGAAGACGAAGCUUCACGAUCAGAAGAGGCAGAAGACGAGGAGGAAGAUUCAUUCCGAGACAAUUCGUCUGUAUCUUCUAUAGGAGAGAAUGACACAGCAAACCUGGACGAUGCGUCUCAUCUUUUCCCCACGAAACCAAAGAGCCUUACACCGUUGCCUAUUGAGCAAGCCGUUGCCAGGAGAUCAACCAUACCGCCUGCAGCUGCGGCCGCACCGAGUUUAAUCGCGUUCUUCAGGAAAAAUGUCGGCAAGGAUUUUAGUACCAUCAGUAUGCCCGUUACCUCGAACGAACCGUCAUCUAUGUGCCAAAAGGUGGCUGAGCAGUUGGAAUACGCACAGUUACUAAACCAAGCUGCAAAGCAAUCUUCUCCUACAGACAGACUCUUAUUCGUCGCAGCGUUUGCAGUCUCGCAAUUCAGCAGUGGUCGAGCCAAAGAGCGUGCUAUCCGGAAGCCUUUCACACCCUUACUGGGCGAAACCUUUGAACUGGUUCGAAGCGAAAAGGAGGUGCCCGGAGGUUUCAGACUCUUAGUCGAGAAGGUCCAACAUCGACCUCUUCUCCUCGCCAUGCAAGCAGACUCAGCCAACUGGUCGUUCUCCCAAUCACCAGCCCCCGGUCAGAAGUUUUGGGGUAAGAGCGCUGAAAUCACGACAGACGGCCGUGUUCGAAUUGUGCUACGUCUAUCAAAUGGCUCCGAAGAGCGAUAUUCAUGGAAUAUUGCUACUAUGUUCUUGCGUAACGUGGUCAUGGGCGAAAAGUACGUCGAGCCUGUAGGCACAAUGCAUGUCGUCAAUGACAGUACAUGUCACAAGGCUGCUGUUGAGUUCAAGAGCAAGGGCAUGUGGGGUGGACGUGUUGAGGAUGUCAGUGUGGAAAUUUUCAACCCCGAAGGAGUAAACACAGGCAGCGGCUUGGUAGGUACAUGGACCAAUAGCUUGAAGACAACAGGCAAAGGCGGCGGCCAGGAAAUUUGGCGUGUUGGACCACUGGUGGAAAAUGCCGCCCAGACAUUCGGCCUUACAACUUUUGCUGCCAGCUUGAACGAAAUUACAGAGAUCGAGAAGGGCAAACUGCCUCCUACGGAUUGUCGCCUGCGACCUGAUCAGCGUGCAUACGAACAAGGCGCAGUCGAUGAUGCUGAGGACCUGAAACAGAAGCUGGAGGAAGCUCAGCGCGGUCGACGCCGAGAGCUCGAAGAGCGGGGUGAGACAUACAAGCCUCGAUGGUUCGUGAAGGUCGAGAACGCUCCAGAGGGAGAGGAAGUAUGGAAGCUCAAGACAGGAAAGGAUAGUUACUGGGAGGAGCGCGCGAAGGGAAGCUGGCAAGGGGUUGAGGACCUCUUUAAGAUUACGUGA